AUGAGGCUCAUCACCAUCCUCGCUGGCCUUGUCAGCUUCUCUCUCGCCGCUCCAACUCUGAAAGAUGACCUCGACACUCGCGCGCCAUGGCCCAACGGCCCUCUCGUAACCUCCGGACGCUGGAUCCGUGAUGCCUCCGGUACCAACCUGACCUAUGCCGGUGCCAACUGGCCCGGAGCAGCCGAUGUCAUGAUCCCCGAGGGUCUUCAAUACCAGUCCAUCGCGACCAUCGUGUCCAAAAUCAAGAGUCUGGGCAUGAACGCUAUCCGUUUGACCUUCGCCAUCCAAAUGGUGGACGAGAUCUACUCCAACGGCGGGAAGGACAUUACCCUGCAAAAGGCUUUCACCCAAGCCCUUGGGUCGACAAACGGCCCCAAGGUGCUUAACCAGGUCCUGACCAAGAAUCCCCAGUUCACGGCGAGUACUACGAGGUUGCAAGUUUUCGACGCCGUGGCGGCCGAGUGUGCACACCAGCAGAUCUUUGUCCAUUUGGAUAACCAUAUCUCCAAGGGCGCGUGGUGCUGCUCGACUGGCGACGGAAACAGUUGGUGGGGGGACACGUACUUCUCGGCAUCCAACUGGACAAGAGGUCUCGCUUAUAUGGCUAACCACGGCAAACAAUGGACAUCCCUCAUGUCCAUCGGCCUCCGCAACGAACCACGCGAACCUACCUCCGGAGCAGCCAAAUCCACCUACAACUGGCAAACCUGGUACACGUACAUGAAACAAGGCGCCGAAGCCGUGCACUUCUCAAACCCGGACCUUCUCAUCUUCUUGUCUGGGCUGUCUUUUGAUACCUUCUUGACGCCCGUCGUCCGCGGCACCGCCUUGACGCCAGGAUCCGGCAAAUUCAGCUUCAACGAUUUUCCGGGGUACGCCAACAAACUCGUUCUCGAACUCCACAACUACGAGAACAGCGCCAACAACUGCAACAACCUGCAGAACAACUUGUACAACAACGGGUUCCAGGCCUUGACCAGCUCUGCAGUAAACAAGUUCCCCGUGAUGUUGACCGAGUUUGGGUUCCAGAUGGAUGCGAGCACAUGGAAGGGAACAUACGCUAGCUGUUUGGCGAGCUACUUGCCUGCCCAAAAAGCUGGCUGGUUUAUCUGGGUGCUGGCGGGGAGCUAUUACAUCAGAUCCGGAACACAGGACUACGAUGAAGGAUGGGGGCUGUUGACACGCGAUUGGAGUGCGUGGAGAAGUCCGAGUUAUGUCAACGGGGCUUUAAUUCCCAUGGUCAAGAAUACCCUCAGCUAG